CAAAACAAAACAAAACAAAACAAAAUAAAAUAAAAUAAUAAAAAAAAGGGCUUUAUUUUUCACCUGCAUGAGCCUUAAUGAUACGCGAGGCGCCACCACAACUACGCGGGAGCUUUAACGGACAAAGGAUACUAAGGAUUUCAAGAAAGAAAAUAGAAAAAAAAAGAUAUUUGGAGACGACAAUGGCAUCGCAAGAAAAUAAGAUGGACGAACUGGUCACAAAAACGUUUCAACAAAAUGGAGGAAACAUUAAAAAAGAAGAAAUACAACUCGAUGAUCUUAAUGAUAAUAACAAUGAGAGUAUCGAGGUCGAUAUGGUGGUACCACCUGAUGGAGGAUGGGGAUGGAUGAUAGUUGCAGCAUCCUUUCUUUGCAAUUUAGUCGUAGAUGGGAUUAUAUUCAGUUUUGGGGUUUUCCUAAACCACAUAACGGAGGCAUUUAACGUUUCCCAUGCCAGCGUAGCAUUGGUUGGAUCACUGCAGACAGGAUUUUAUCUGAUGGCCGGACCAUUCGUAUCCGCAUUAGCGAACAGAUAUGGGUUUAGGCUAGUAGCUAUAUUGGGUAGCAUACUUAGCUGCAUCGCUUUUGUCCUUUCAUACUUCAGCCCGUCCAUAGAGUUUCUUUAUGUUUCUUACGGUGUUCUUG